AUGAUAUUCAGACUAGUGUUGGUGGCCUUGCCCUCGCUAGUUGUGCGGUCUGCAGUCCCGCCAUGUGCUAUCAAAGGUACGGCAUACAAGGACCCUGAAGUUACAAAGCCCAAUGGAGGCAAACCCUACGACGCAUUGGCGUGCCAGAUGUACUGCGAGACCAACCCGGACUGCACCGUUUUCACCUACUACAAAGACUCCAAGGACUGCUGGAUGUUAGGCACCGCCGUGGUGGAUUCAACGGGACAUGGAGAAGAUGUGAUUAGCGGGCCCGAAGACUGCGACCACCUACUUCCCGGCACCGCGGGGAAGAUCGAGCCGAACCCUCUGCGGCAGUAUCCCGGCGUCGUGGUGAAGUCUGAGGAGCCCGCCGUCUCAGCGCGGGAGGAGGCCGUGUCGGACAGCGCCGUGGCCGAAGAGACCCCGAGCUCGGGCUUCCCGUGGGCGUGGCUGCUGGGAGGAUGCGCGGUUGGUGCUGUGCUGGUGGGUGUCUACUGGUGUGCAGCAGGCGAGAAGCGAGCAAGAGGGAAGACCUCUCGCGGGACGAAGGUUGAAGCCGACCUGGAGAUCCCUCAGAGUGACCAAAUGCCACUAGUGGAGCCAGGUCCUCUGGUGAACCCCGCGCAGCCGGCAUGGAUCGCGGCACCUCCAGUGCCGCAGUACUACUCUCAGCAGCUCCAAAUGCAAGCCCCGCUUUACCAGCCCAGCUAUCUGAGCUAUCCAAACCAGGUCUACUAG